AUGUCAGAUUUAGCAUUAUCAAGAUUAGCUGAAGAAAGAAAGAGUUGGAGAAAAGAUCAUCCAAUCGGAUUCUUUGCUAGACCUCAAGCAGGUGCAGAUGGUGUUGCUAAUAUGAUGAUUUGGGAUUGCGGUAUCCCAGGUAAAGAUGGUACACCAUGGGAAGGUGGAUUAUACCCAUUGACGCUUAAAUUCCCAAAAGAGUAUCCAGUCAAGGCACCACUCUGUUUGCUUCCACCUGGAUUCUUCCACGUAAACGUAUUUGAUAAUGGACAAAUCUGUCUGUCAAUCAUUGGUGAUGGAUGGAAACCCACCAUCUCUAUUAAACAAAUUUGUCUUGGUGUACAAGAUUUACUUGAUAAUCCAAAUCCAAACAGUCCAGCCAACUCUAGUGCCUACGAUUCAUUUAAGAAAAACAAAGCAGCCUACACUGAAAAAGUUAAACAACAAGCAAAGAAGUUCCCUCCACAAGAGUCCUAA